GUAGCGGCAUCAAUCGCUGCAGGCGUCCCCUGUAAGCUCGCUGCCCCGCCACAAGCUAGCGCGGCGCUUUGUUUCAUUUCGAGGGAGCUUUCGGGUGUCGCUGACCUUUCGUCACUCCAUACAGUACCUAACUUCUUACCAGCUUGGUGUUGGUUGACGACAUCUACACUCUACAUCAUACACUAUCCAUCUUCCCUGCGAGCUUCGAUCCCCAGCACCCGCGCCGAGUCGACUCCGAGCAAUCCUUGUCCUCGGAAUAUCUGCGACAAAUUAUCAUGAUAGCGGCAUAGCCGAAUCCGCGGCCUCAACCACUGCGCUGGGCAGCAUGCCACUGCCGGAACUCCCCGCCUAUAGGGUCCUCGGCAUCAUCUUCAUCCUCUGGUGGAUGCUGCCGGGCAGCGAGUACCAGAGCCAGUCGAUAGCGUUGUCGGAUCUCGUUGUCUCACGCCUUGAGCACUAUCGCGCAUCCCUCGAUGUGCUGAACACGACGCGCUGGGGAGAUUUUGCUCCCCUGGUGGAGGAGGGCGAUGGCGAUCACGCGAGCCCCAAAUACGUCAACCUGACGGGAUUCCGAGAGAAAGACCACUUGUCGUGGCAGGACCUGGGCCGGUUUCGUGAAAGAGGUCUGCAGCUCAGCCGCCAUGCCAUGCCAGCGGUUGGCGGCGAGCAGCUCUGGGAUGUUGCACAGGGGGAGCCGGUAUGGGCAAAUGCUUCGGGGGUUCUUCUGGGACAGUGGGUGCGACGCCAGGAGACAAUCCCGAGGACAUACGAAAGCUACAAUCUCAGCGAAAGCGUGCCUUCUAUGCAUUGGAUCGGAGAUAAAACUGACUGGGCUCGUAACGUAACCGGCAGUACUGGCAGGAUCCAAGUACGACUGACGGGCAACGAGACGGUGGCCGAAUACGAGCAGCUCUCCACGGCCGAUGCUCCCCUCUCUGGAGGCUUGAUACGCAAUGUUAAGGCCGUGGUGACGUUUGAAGACACAGAGGGAUCAGGACUGAGUUGGGAGAUGGUUCUUUUUGGGGUGCAUUGGCCACGGCAGGGCGUUAUCAUGAUGACGACAACGAGCGAGAAAUUCGAUGGCGUCUUUGGGCUACCGCAUCUGACACCUGGGCCCGACUAUUUCCAGUCCAGCCAGCGGUUUCUGAACGAAUCCCUCGAGCACACUAUAAUUACCAAGGAGAAGAACAUCUAUUCCGACCAGAGCAUACCAUGGAAAUCCAACUUUGAGAGUCCUCUCCACACCCGACAUCCCUCUCCACAUUGCGAAUAUGUCAUGUAUCUUCAAACCCAUCCUCCAAGCAGACAGAGCCUGGGUCUCGGGUCUGCCAUUCCCAAGGGAGAGAACAUGGCAGAGAUGUUGCAAGCCAUCGAGUCAGAGCUGGAAUCUCCACUCGGGGCGCCCAUCAAGCACAUCCCAAAGCUCCAAAUGUCGGCGGUGAUAUAUUCACCUGACUGCGGCCUCUUCAUGGAGUCAAAGGGGCCUCCAGAUUACCCUCGGAGCGAGGCCGACCACCUCCUCGGCGUGAAAUUUGAGGUUCAGAUCAGCAGCAUCAACCAUUGGCUGCUCGCAUACGCGGUGAUGAUGUUUGGCCAGGUCAUCUUGCUCAAGGGCCAAAUGAAGGAGACGUAUACCCCGUCCACUCUUGGAAGAGCCAGCUUUUGGACAAUUAGUAUGAUGCUCAUUGCCGAUGGCAUGACUUUCAGCGCGGCGGCGUCGUGGGUUGCUACGGCUCAGUAUACCUUCUUGCCGACCCUGACGCUCACGUUUGCGUCCUUUAUGUCUAUGACCAUAGGGGGCAGCCUACUGGCUAAGAUUCACGAGGUUCAAACACCACAGCCUCGAGCUCGUCGAGAAGGGCCUCAAGGAACAACCAGUCCAAACAGCGAAUCGGCCAGUACGGCCUCAUCGGCACCGCUAACGCCAAAUCGCACGGGCACGGCAACGGGCCCAAUCCUUCCCGGACCGGUAACAGCAGGGCGUGGCCUCGGCAAUCCGGCCGCUGCUAACGUAGGUGCCGCUGCCAGCAUCGCGGAUGGCGCUUCAGCCGUGCCUGGCGCACUUCCAACUGCUGCGAGGCCGAUUGUACCCCCUACGCAAACUGCGACGUUUCAAUCGCUUAUGGGCCGCUUUGUCCUCGUGGGUGCUCUUGUUAUGUUCAUCAGCGUCUCAUCCAUAGCAUGGUACAUGACGGCGCGCUCAUGGUUCCUCAACAUCUGUGCCUUUGUCUAUCUCUCCAUGUGGAUCCCCCAGAUAUAUCGCAACAUCAUCCGCAAUUGCCGCCGCGCCCUCAAGUGGCAGUUUGUCAUCGGCCAGUCCCUCCUCCGUCUACUUCCACUGGCAUACUUUUGGCUCAAGCCGGACAACUUCCUCCUCACAAGGACCGAACCCCGUGCUUUUGCCCUGCUUGGUCUUUGGGUCUGGCUGCAGAUUUUCGUGCUCGCUACGCAAGAUGCUGUUGGGCCUCGAUUCGGCAUACCUAAGGGAUGGAUGCCCGAUGCGUGGGACUAUCACCCCGUCCUCAGAGAAGACAAUGUCGAGGCCGGGGGCCUACCUAUUGGCCUUAGUGCCGAAGACAGCCCGGGCCGUGAUCGCCGACGCAGUAGCGAGGACAGAGAUAAAGCUCGCCCCGGCGACGGCACCACGCGAGCUAUCGACUGCGCCAUCUGCCGCGAGGUGCUCGAGGUCCCCGUCGUCAAGGCGGGAGAAGAAGACAUGAGCGUGACGGGGGUGUUUUCCAGGAGAAUGUACAUGGUGACCCCUUGCCGCCACAUCUUCCACACCCCUUGUCUGGAGAGCUGGAUGAAGUUCCGGCUGCAAUGCCCGAUAUGCAGGGAGGAUCUGCCGCCCAUUUAGAUCUGGACAAGCGUAAUAACGGUAACCUAUUUAGCACAGCAGCGGAAUGUGAAAUGAUCACAAAAGCGGGAUUGGAUUUUUCAUGACACCAGGGAGAGAAAAAAACCGCCGGUAUAUUAAUACUACUUUAAUCCUCUUUUCGAUAGAAUACCCAGCACUUGUAUAAGAAAAUCUUGUUGCUUCUUAUGUGUAUCAACCUUGAAUCCUGUUGCGUGAGCUCAUAUCUCUGUUUUCAACCUCCAAAACUUGCCAUAUAUGAAAAAGAUGGAUCAAUAAAUAAAUAGCAG